UAUCAGUCAGUGUCAGAGGCAGUGCAGCUCUCUAGUAUCUGCUGUAAGGGACACACUGUAUCAACAUUGCAAAACCCCUGUGCUGUAAGUUACAGCCUGUAACAUUCUAUAUCAGUUUUGAAAUGUUCUCCUGUUUUGUGUUCUGUAAUGGGGUGCGCAGCUGAAAUGUCCAAUCUUGAAAUCUUCACUUGUUAUCUCAUGUGCAGGAGCGUUUGGGAAAGUUGCUGAAUGGACAGCGGCAGAGUAAGGACUGAGAAAGUGAUUCAAAAAGAGGAAAAAACAUACGAAGAUUUUGAUCAUACAAGGACAACAUUAUUGGAUUUGAAUUCAUUCUCAACUUUCAAAAUAACCAUGGAACUGUCUCUGGUGAGUGGAAUAUUUUUUCCUUUUCCCCCCUUUUUUAAAACAUAUUUUUUAUAUAUCAUUUAGCAUUUGAUCCAUAGUGAAAGUCUGAAGGACAAUAAUUCUAGAGUAACUCCAGUGACUGAUAUACAUGUACUGUACUGUGAAUAGGUGAGUAUGUUUUAUUGACAGGGUGUCAGUGGUCUAAGGGCUUGGGUUUUAAUAUUUAAGAUCUCAGUUAAGAUUUCACAUGCAUUUUAUGUCAGGCUGUGAUUUUGGAUCAGGGAACCCAGCCCUACUUUCUCAAUCCAGCCCCUAUGUUAAUCACAGUACCAUCCUGUGACAUAGUUGAUUGACACAGUUGUCCAUCCCCCCUCUAACCUGAUGGAAGUUUCAGGCAACUUUCAUACUAUGCACUUUCUCAGGCUGUUCUAGAAUUCAAUGUUUUCUGUGUUUACAAGUUCUCUAUUGUCCUCUGCCCUGAAGUGGGUCAAACUCCGGGGUGCCACCUUAAAUCUUCAUAGACAUGCCAAACAAGUGGGCAAGGCUUUGCCAAGCCUCCACUGUGCCAACACUGCCAUUGGUCAACAAGCACUGUUGGUGGGCUGUUGCCAUAGCGCCCUCAUUAAGGGAGGGGCAGGGACAUUUUGAGAAAGUGUUGUAUGUUUCAAGUCCAAGUGAAUGAGUACAGGUUGUCAAUGUUACAUCGCAGUACAUGAACUACCUAGUAAUUUACCAGAGCUGAGGACAUUGAAAUGUACUAGAAUUCAUGCCCAGUGAUAAGGAAAUAAAGGCAUUUUUACACUCAAGUAGUUCUAUAGUUCUAUAGCAGCACAUAGCCUAACCAUAUACGCUCUAGAAUGUAAACCGUGAUAAGUUGUUUUAUGGAAGCCAGAACAUACAAAAACAUGCGUAUGCGCUCAUACACACACAUACUGACAUUUACAAUGUAUGACGCAUGGCAUUUUGCAGAGAUGUGCAUUAGCUGGAAGCAGAAAGACGAAGGGUAGAGUAGGAGUAGCAGCAUUGAGAGGUUGUGUGUGAGAGAGAGUGGAAACAUACGCCAGUGGAUUAAGCUGCAUUUGUGAAGGGAAACUGAGGCAAGCUUAUAGAGAAAUGAAGUGAGGGAUGGAGGCUUUUGCCCUGACAACCCACCACUGUUCAUAACAGCGUAGCCAGAGAGGGGAGGAAAACACGGACAAAUGCAGGAAAAACAGAUUCAGCCACUGAAAAGGAGCCCGGGGAAGGUAGGGAUGUGAGCUGUAGGAGGGAUGUGUGUGUUGUUUUGUAUAUUGUGUGUGUGGCGUCUUAUUUUUUGUCUAUAAUACAGCAUAUGAACAUUGGAGUGACUGGGGAUGGUGUAUGUGAUGCUUUUUCUGCAGCCGUCCAGUUCUUUGUUGAUGUUUGUGUUGGCAGAUUGUUUAGAGAACUAAGCAUGCCAAUUAUGAUCAUGCAUUAUAACACAUACCUGAUGUAGGGUGACACUUGCAGGCAGGGGAAUAGUGUGGUUCAUGGGUUGAUGCAUCUUAGUUUUUCCAAUGGAGAGUCCUUUACCCAUUUGCCUGUUCUCUUCGUGGUCCCAUGUAAACUUACACAAAAAAAUUUAAACAUUUCUUUGUGUUGUAAUCACUCAUAUUCUUGAGUCUGAAUGUUUGUUUUACUACUUUUGUGGGUGUUUAUAUAAUGUGAAUUACUGUAGCGAGUGUAUGUGCAUUUGUCGUAUUUCCCAGAACCCACUCUGCCUGGUGCUCUCCAUCGUAAACAAUCAUAAAGCCCAUCACGCUUUGGGCUCUCACUGAAGAGCACUCUACCAUGACUGCUGUGUGAUCGGUGUUAACACUCUCCCUUCCUCUCCUCCCUGCUUGUCUCUCCCCUCAGGCUCACCCGGCUCUCAAGGCCUUUAUGUGUGGCUCUCUCAGUGGAACAUGCUCCACCCUGCUCUUUCAGCCUCUGGACCUGGUCAAGACCCGCCUGCAGACCCUUCAGAGCAACAUGCAGCCUGGGUGAGUAGCCUUCAGCUGGCUCAGUCAAUACCUCUACAGCGUAGUCCACACACUUCCACAUUGUAGUAAGUUUUCUGGCUCUAGAUUACAUGCUUGUACUAGACCAUGAGACCCACUAGCAUUGCAUUACUCUAUUGACUCGUCUCAUUGAAUAAGCAAGAUUGUAGAUCUGAACAUUGAGAGUCCAAAGAUUCAUAAAACUCAUGCUGGUUACAUAUGGCCUGCAUGUUAGUACCAACUCAAUGUCACGUCAGCUAUUUUGAAAUGAAGCGUAGUUGCAAGACACUUAAAAAUCACUUUUUGAUCGUUUCAGAGUACAGUGUGUUACUUGUGUUAAUACGUCUUUCUCUCUCUCUUUCUCUUUUUCAGUUCAGCAAGAGUGGGGAUGGUGACUGUGUUCUUAAGUGUUGUACGGACAGAGAAGCUCAUAGGACUUUGGAAGGGGGUCUCACCAGUAAGUCUGCCUCUUUAUGAUCAGUAAUAUAAAUAGAAACACAUCAGUUGUGUUGAAUCUGUGUGUUGAGUAUACUGUAUGACUCUGACAGCAUGUCUACUCUGCUUCCUCCUCCAGUCAUUUGUGCGGGCCAUCCCCGGCGUAGGGAUCUACUUCAGCACCUACUACUCUCUGAAGCAGCACUACUUCCUGGAGCAGGGCCCUGGGGCCAUGGAGUCUGUGCUGCUGGGAGCUGGGGCCAGGACUGUGGCAGGGGUCUGCAUGCUGCCUGUAACUGUCAUCAAGACUCGCUUUGAGGUAUGUUCAGGUAGAGAGACGGAGGGGAGGGGCAGGAAGGAAAAGAUAAAUACUUUGUAUUUUCUAUAUAUGAUUGCAGUGACUACAUGAGGACUGUUUAAUGUGUAUACUUGUCUGUUGUUGUUGUUUCAGAGUGGCAGGUAUAACUACGUGAGCGUGGCAGGGGCUCUGCGCAGUGUGUGUCAGACAGAGGGACCCAGAGCUCUGUUCUCAGGGCUGGCCGCCACCCUCCUCAGAGAUGCUCCCUUCUCAGGCCUCUAUGUCAUGUUCCACAGCCAGGCCAAGAACACUCUGCCACAGGGUCAGUAUCAGGACACAGGACACACACUACACUAAUGCUCAACACUAGUAUUUGUUUCACUAGUUGUGUGUGCAAUCACUUUGAAGUGUCAGUAUGGGGACAUUGAUGACAUAAACAUAGAGCAGUAGUAUUUGUUACACUAGUAGCCACAUUUGAUAACUUUGACGUAUCUCUCUCUCAGUGUGAAUUGUUUGGUGUGGAGUGGAAUUUAUAGUGUCUCUCUGUUUCUUUCUCCCAGAGAUAAGCACAUCUCCCUACGCGCCCCUGGCUAACUUCAGCUGUGGGAUUCUGGCUGGGGUCCUGGCCUCCCUGGUCACCCAGCCAGCUGACGUGGUCAAAACCCACGUCCAAGUCAGCCCACAUCUGUACAAGAGGACUGCAGACGCUGUGCGAUACAUUUACAUGGUAACUAUCUCUCUGGGUGUUUUAUUGAAUACAGCGUCUAUUACUAAGCAUAGGGCAAUAGCACUGUUGUAUAAUAUACUGACGUUGUUCUUAUGUGGGUCAGGCUAAAUUGUUGUCUAUAUGUGUUUAUAUAUUGACCUCUAGUUUGAACACAGUGUCACACUAUGUAAUAAAACAUCAGGGUUGAUUUACAGUAGUUGACAUGUGCCAUUAUUUCACUCCCUCUCUCAGGAGCACGGGUUUCAAGGGUUCUUCCGGGGCGGGGUGCCACGUUCUCUGAGGAGGACCAUGAUUGCUGCCAUGGCAUGGACGGUGUAUGAACAGCUGAUGGCCCGCAUGGGGCUCAAGUCCUGA